ACCACACCAACUUUGAACUGCUUUAGCAGCGGUUUGGACAAUAAUUACUAAAAUACAAUGGCAAAUACUGACCAAGCGAUUGCAAAGCGUUCACAUAAACAAUAUAUGAAUAACAAAAUAAGAAACGGAGGCAAAACUCUCGUCGUCCAAUGACCAAAUAGUUGAAUAACAACGCGUGACUGUCAGCAGACCGGAGAGAUGGACACAACACAGGAACUGUGUGGCUGUUCUCCUUUGGUGUGGAUAGUUUAAUCUGUUUAUGGCUCAGAUUCUCGCCCUCUCUCGCCCUCUUCACCUGUGGCGUCCACCGUGGAUGGGGUUAGCUUCAUUACACUCUCGCAGUAUGUCAUCAUUAGAGAAGCGAGCCCGAGCCGUGUUUUCUGCAGCGGUUGAAAGUGUGCAGCCAGACAUAGUGGUCCGGAGGGGCCUGAAGCGAGAUGGGAACAAAUUACUAGUGGGUGAUCAAAGUUUCACACUUAGCAAUAAUCUCUAUGUGGUGGGCUUUGGUAAAGCAGUCCUGGGGAUGGCGGCAGAGACGGAAAGAAUUGUUGGGGAUCAUCUAGUUAAAGGAGUGGUCAGUGUGCCUCAAGGUAUCCAGAAUACACUACGGAAUCAUGGGAAACAGAGGAUGCUGCUUGAGGACAGCAGUAAAAUUACAGUAAUGGAAGGAGCAAAGCACAAUUUACCAGAUGAAAAUGCCCAGAGGUCAGCUGAGUGUAUUCAAGAACUGACCAGCGGCCUGACCGAGAAAGAUCUGCUUCUUGUGCUCAUCUCUGGUGGCGGCUCUGCUCUUUUACCUGCUCCAGCUCCACCCAUGUCCUUACAGGAGAAACAGGAUGUGACACGGCGUCUUGCAGCGGCAGGCGCCACAAUACAGGAGUUAAAUACAGUCCGACGGGGCCUGUCCUUUUUAAAGGGUGGAGGCCUUGCCCAAUGUGCCUACCCAGCCCAGGUGGUGGCUUUGAUUUUAUCAGAUGUCAUUGGAGAUCCCCUGGAUUUGAUAGCCAGCGGUCCAACGGUUAGAAGUGAGACACGGCCAGAGGAGGUCUGGGCUAUCUUUGAUCGUUAUAAACUCUCUGAUUCUCUACCUUCUUCUGUGAAAGAGGUGCUUAGUAAAACCGUCCAGCUGCAAGAACAGCCACAAGAGUUCAAAGAUCACGUUUUAAACAUUGUGAUUGGCUCAAACACUACUGCUCUUGAGUGUGCCAGCCACAGGGCCUGUGAGUUAGGGCUCCGGCCUGUGAUUCUGUCCCCAGCGGUGUGUGGUGACGUCCGCUCUGUUGCACGACUCUAUGGUCUGCUCUCGCGUUUUGCAUGCUCCCCAGGGAAGGAACCUCCUCCAGAGCUUGCUGCACAGAUCCUCCAAAUGGGACCAGAGGUUGGGGUUGAAAGCUGGGACUUAUGUCGUACAUUGACCGUACUGGAAAAGGAGAGGAAGGAAGGCUGGGGUGCUACCUGUCUGCUGGCUGGAGGAGAACCCACUGUGCAGCUGACAGGAAGGGGCAGGGGAGGAAGAAACCAGGAGCUGGCCCUGCAGGUGGGCCUUGAGCUUUGUGGUGAAUUGAGGAGUGGUGCAGUAUUCCUCAGUGGAGGAACCGAUGGCCAGGACGGUCCCACUGAUGCUGCUGGUGCAGUCACUGAUGGGGAACUGAUGGAUGAGACCAAUACUCAAGGUCUGGACGUUGAUAGCACGCUUACAAAUAAUGAUUCAUUCACGUUUUUCUCACAGCUCUCUGAAGGGCGACGGUUACUCAUGCCUGGACUGACAGGCACCAAUGUGAUGGAUGUGCAUGUUAUGCUGCUGCCUCCACCAGCUCUUUGA